AUGUCGAACCCUUGGGCUAAAAGAGACGCUUGGAGAUACGAAGGCCAAUUCAGCCGUUUGAACAGAUUCAGAAACGCUUUCCCUGGUUUUGGAAUUGCCGUUGGUGCGUUCACGGUGUAUGUUGCGUAUGAGAAGUUUGUGAUGAAGGACACCCAUGAGGAACACCAUUAA